GAGUGUAGCGGUAUUCUAUCCAUCCUGCCUUAGUGGGAUAGGGCUAACCAUCUGUUUAAAUCAGGCAGCUCUUCACGACAUGGAUUCCAUUCAUCAAGCAGGUAACAGAUGUGCGGAAUCUGAAGAGCGCCUCAUGAACCGGCUGCUUGUGAAACAGCAUUACAACAAGCUGAUCCGCCCAGCGAUAAACAGGUCGGAGAGGGUGACCAUCACACUGCAAGUGUCUCUGGCACAACUCAUCAGCGUGAACGAAAGGGAACAGAUUAUGACAACCAAUGUCUGGCUCACUCAGUACUGGGUGGACUACAGAUUGGUCUGGGACCCCUCGAAAUAUGAAGGCAUCGAGAAGCUGUGCAUUCCCUCCAAACAAAUCUGGCUGCCCGACAUUGUUCUGUACAAUAAUGCGGACGGCACCUAUGAGGUGACGGUGUUCACCAACGCCAUCGUGCAAUUCAACGGCAGUAUCUUCUGGCUCCCGCCCGCCAUCUACAAGAGCGCCUGUAAGAUCGAAGUGAAGCACUUCCCCUUCGACCAGCAGAACUGCACCCUCAAGUUCCGCUCCUGGACCUAUGACCACACCGAGCUGGACCUGGUCCUGAAGUCCGAGGUGGCCAGCAUCGACGACUUCACACCCAGUGGAGAGUGGGACAUCCUGGCCCUUCCAGGCAGGCGGACCACCAACCCUCUGGACCCCACCUACGUGGACCUAACCUAUGACUUCAUCAUCAAGAGGAAGCCCCUCUUCUACACCAUCAACCUCAUCAUCCCCUGCGUGCUGAUCACCUCCUUGGCCAUCCUGGUCUUCUACUUGCCCUCAGACUGCGGGGAGAAGAUCACCUUAUGUAUCUCCGUCCUCCUAGCGCUCACUGUGUUCCUUCUCCUCAUUUCCAAGAUCGUUCCGCCGACGUCCCUGGACGUGCCGCUGAUCGGCAAGUACCUGAUGUUCACCAUGGUGCUGGUGACCUUCUCCAUCAUCACCAGUGUGUGUGUGCUCAACGUGCACCACCGCUCGCCCAGCACACACACCAUGCCCUACUGGGUCAAGGUGGUGUUCCUGAUCAGGAUGCCCGCCUUGCUAUUCAUGAGACGACCUCGAGAUCACUUGGCGCAGCCGAGACCCCAUAAGCAGCCAAACACGAGGCCUACCAGGUCCGUGCUGGGCAAGGGACGGCCUCCUCCUAAAACAGGGAUCACCGUGUCCUCUUCCUCGGCCACUCUCCUCGCCUCUGACUCUGUCUUCUCCAUCCCGGGACACUUUUACAACCGGGAUGCCAUUCCCCCACUGACACACAGGCACAUGAACCGUAGAGUGGAUGGAGGGUCUUUCCCCGUUGGCUCCUCGUGCAGCCAGGACCUCAGGCCCAGAACCGGCCGGGACUGGUCCGCAGAGCUCCAGGAGGCGGUGGAUGGGGUCCGCCUCGUCGCCGAUCACAUAAUGGAAGAUCACGAUGAUCAGGGUGUAAUUGAGGACUGGAAGUAUGUGGCUAUGGUGGUGGAUCGUCUGUUCCUGUGGGUCUUCCUGAUAGUGUGUGUGGUGGGAACGCUUGGCCUGUUCCUACAGCCUGUUUUCCAGAAGCCCAUCGUUCCAACUCUGCAGCUAAGCUCAGAGACUCCUCGCAUCUGAUCCGGCAACAAGCAGAUCAAUGGCAGCAUUCACAUUUUGGUGUGUGUGUGUGCGUGUGUGUACAUGUAUUUGUGUAUGUAUUUGUGUGUGUGUGUGUGUGUGUGUGUGCGUGUGUGUUUGUGUCCGACGUUAACACUCCAAUAUGACAUGGGUAGUUUGAAAGAAAUUUGAAUUGUUGAUUGAUGUAAGAUGCCAUGGGACAAUUUGGUAUGAGUCUGCUGUAUUGCGAAUACUUCAAAGGUCGCUGGUAGAUCAUUGUCAGCCAGAGCGUAACUAAAACUCAAAAUGAUAGCAACCAUGACAAAUCAUUGUAUCACAACAAGGCACCUGGGUAGAACAGCACGUUAAGUGAGGAAAAUGAUUUGCAAAUAUGAUACAGCAGUGGUCGAUCUGUGCAUUCUAGUCAAAGGCACCAAUAUAGUGCAGCAAUAUAAGCCAACAUAACAGCUCUCUGGUGCUGUGAUGAAAUGAAAGAGGGGCAUCUGAAUGGACCUCAUGAGCAACAUUAGUGGUCAGUGUCAGCAGAACAUCAAUGUCCAAGAACUGCUAGAGCACAGCUGCAAAACAUUUGAACUUAGACGUCUCCAUUUGUGGAAGUAGAAAAUAGAGAGGUUCCAAAAAUAUUGAAGCUACACAGAUGUGUGGUAAUGCAAUAACGUCCACCACUGAUCCAUUAAAUGUAUUAAAAUAAAUCCCCAUGAAGUCUGAGAAUGAAGGAUGUGAAGGAUGAUUUGGAAGUGCUUGCAAAAUCCCCAUGGUGAUGUAGUCUUUCUUUAAAAUCAAUAAGAUGUGCCAAUUAAUUUAAUCACAACUGUAGAACCCACUGUUUGAACGAAUGCAUUAUUUAUGACUAGAAAAGCAAUUUAAAAAAAACUUAGCUGGGAUUUGAUUUUCUUUUAAAUAAAACAUUGAAA